UUAAAAAUUUUUUUAAUAAAAGUGAACAUUUCUAUCAAAAUAUUGCACAUCAAUUAAGAUGUGAAAAUUGAUAAAUACUGAAUAAGCAAUAUUGAAUAUAAAAAAAACUAUUGUGUUGACUUACUUUAGUUUCUGUUAUGUUUCAAUAUUUGCGAACAUUUCAAGCUGAGGGAAAUUUUUGAAUACGAAAGAAAACUUCCCAAACAAAAUUUACAAUUGGCAUUCCACCACCUUAUUUUUGUUGAAAGCAAGAGCGGGCGCGAAAGUCAUGGAUUCAAGUAAAAAGAUUAGUAUGCACAAGAAGAAGCGCUUGCCACACUCGAGUAGGGUUUGUGAUGAAGUUGUGGAAUAUUAUGAAAAGCAUGCUGAAGAUCGUGAUAUUAUAAAAUACAUGCGCUUAUCAUCAUGUUCUUCUGGUGCAUCAAUCGUUUCAAGUUCAUCAUCGACUAGUGGAUUGGAUGGUAAAUCGCUAAAUAAACUAUUUGAUAGCGAAGUGAAAAAAUAUCAAGCAGCAAAAAGUAACAGCUUGCCAAACGUUGCUGUAAAUAAGAAGGCCAAAGAACAUAUAAUUUCAAUUACUAUGGAGUCAAGGAGCAGUAAAGCAGAGAAAGAGAAUGCUCGAGAAACUGAUAAUAAGACUGAUUUUAAGACUCCACAAAAAGAAACGAGAUCAAAAGAAACCCAAACGCCAGAAUCGGUAACAAAAAACAACAAAAUAUUGGAAUGGGACUCACUCGGCGAUGUAGGCUACAUAAAAUCUAAAUCAACUAGUAAUAUAAGUUUGUUAGAACGUUCUAUACUUAAGGAUGUGUUACAAGAAUUGUCAAUUUCGGGGGAAAAACUAAACGCGAAUAGUUCAGAAGGAAAUUUGGCAAAACUAAAUGAAAAUGUGAAAAAAGAUGCAAAGGUGAAGUCAAAAUCUUAUGAACAAAAUUUAAACUCACCAUUAGCUUCCAGCACUUUGCUUGGGGCGAACGCAAAGUCAUUAAGUGGGGACGCGCAACGUAAAAGUAAAGAUGUUAGUACAUCAACGUCAUAUACUAAUUUUUUGCAAAAAUCAGUACAAACAUCCUUAACACGAAUGUCAAAUCUAACAGCAAAAGAAGUACAAGUCAAUAUAUCACCAGAUUCUAUGGGUACCACAACAACUCCAUCUAGUAUCGAUUAUCACACCACUCGUUCCUCAAAUAAAAAUGUAGAAGAAGAAUCUACAGAACCCAAGAAAGACAGUUCAACAACAAAACUGACGGAUUCAAAUGUGACAGAUGACAAAGAAGAUGUAUUGGGACGUGAAAAAGAGCGUUUAACAGCAAGAUUAACGGAAGUAAUUCAAAUGAAUGCUGGGAACAGUGAAAACAAUAAUGCAACUACGACCAAUGCAAGUACGACCGAUUCAAUAAAAUUUGAAGAAGUACGCAAUACGUUACGACUUAUACUUGAUGAUAAUACAGAAGCUUCAUCAUCAAAUACGUCAAUCACCCGUUCUCCACAAUUAGAUUUAGGUGUAAAGUUGCUUUGUUCACUUAUUGAGGCUAAAAGUUUAGAUCGAAAACAAAAGAGGAAACUUUUACGAGAUAUUGUAAACAAGAUUAUUGCCAUGAGCUCAGAGGGUAGUUUUAUGCAACCUUAUCCAACUAUAAGCUCCAGUUUGCCUCUUUCAGUGACUUCUUCCCAAGUUCCUAUUGUAAAAUCUGCACCAAAAGUCGUAAAUUUACAUGAUAAAAACAAAAAGAUUGCAGAAACAGACCUAAGUAAUUCUACAGAAAAAAUAAGAAAAAGCAGUGGAAUAGGAGAAAAAGUCAUUCAUACGUUAGUUUAUGAAGAACCUUCAAAACAGUCUCUCCAAGAUCAAGAACAAACGGUGUCAUCAAGUAGAGAAACUCGUCCAAGCAAAGAAAACGAGAAUCCAAAAGUCGUUCAAUCUAAUAAGCCUGUACUGGAUAAAGCUGCCAAACGAAAUAAAAAGAUGAUAUCGGAUUCAGAUACAGUACCUGCCACCACAACUGCUUCGUCCAGAACAUCGAAAGACAUUAUUACCCCGAAGCAAACUACUAAUAUAAGUGACUCUAAUACAAUGGGGGAGUGGUUAAAUCCCUUAACGCAAUCGGAGAUCGAAUAUGAAGAAAAGAAGCGUGCAAAAAAGUUAAAAAAGAAACCUAAUGUUGAGUUAGAUACGGAACGUAAAGUACAACUUAAUUGGAUUGAUACUGAAAUUGAAAGACUGGAAUGUUUGAGACUUUUACUAUUAAAACAGAACAGUUUGUUUGAAGCUUCAGAAGCACAAGGAAAAACUAACAACACAGAAUCAGCUACUACGUCUAAACCAAGCACUGAAAAAUUUUAUGACACUGUUUAUAGUAGCGGUAGCAAAUCAAGUUCGGAAAUGGAUAAAUGUGAUGGAGAGGAAAGCGAAGAAAUUGAUGUUAUCUUAGAGGUAUCAAAUGAAGAUGUACUUGAUAAAAAUACUAAAGUUAAAUAUAAACGUGAUCGUGUACGUGAGACACAAAUAGUUUACGAUAAAUCUACAUCCGAACCUAACUAUGGCAUUAAAACGCAAGGCAAGCCACUUUAUCGCACUGUCAAAGAGACUGUAACUACUCGCAUGCAACAAAAACCUAAUGCUCAAACUAAACGUUUAACAGACACUUAUAAAGCCCCACCUCAACGUUCUAAAAUCCAAACUCCUUCAACUAGUAAUGAAAUGGAAACCGUUGACACGUAUGGACAACAACGCAAACAAGAAUUUUUGGAUAAAUAUAAUAUAAAGAAAAAACAUCAUUAUGAAAAGUUAGUCCAGCAACAACAAGAGCAAGAGAUGCAGUUAAAGGAUCAGAAGCGAAGGUUGCAACAUCAAAAAAAGUAUUUACAGCAGCAGCAACAACAACAACAACCAAAUACUGUGACUAAUGCGAAAGAACCGAAUAACUAUUAUUCUGUGCCACAUCGCGAAGAACAGAAAUAUUCGCAACAUCCUCAGCGUACAGUACAAAGUAAUAAAAGAUCUUCGUCAGCUAAGCCUCAAAGAGUAAUCGAUGAUGAGUCAUUUCCAAUACAAAAUGAACCUAGUUCUAGCACAUCUAUUGGUUAUCAACAGAAUUCAGCAGCACUUCACUCAUCAUCGUCUGUUGUGAUAUCAUCAUCUGAUUAUUCUGUUCCCAUGGGUUCAAACACUAAUACAUCUACUACAACAACCACUCAUCAAUAUGAUGCAGUGGGUCGUAAUCAACAAGUUGCAACAAUAGGCGUUCAAACCUCCAAUUCGCUAUUAGGCAUAAACGGUGCACGUAGCAUGCGUACACAAUCCAGUACAACAAAUCGUGUUUGCGGUACACCAUGCCAAUUUUUUGUGCCGUGCCAACCGAAGCUACCUUGCAAUUGCGCCUUUGUGCAACCAUUCUGUUGUAGGAAACAUAGCAGCUGUUGUCGUUCAUCUUCACCGAUACAUGUAUUAACGCGAAAAGCAACACACUCUUUGGGAGUACAAGUGAAGCCAAAAUCUAUUGCUUAUGUUAUUACAUUCGAUGGAAGUGCAGAAGCGGUCAGUUCACCGCAAAAUACAAAUAACGAAUCUGAUCAGUCGGAUGAACAACCACCACAAUUAACGCUACAGGAAUACCUAUACCGUGCCAAACCACAAUUCUAUGCCGAUUCCAAACAACGCAAAUCAAUACUUAAUGAAAUGCACACAUUGCGUCAGGAACGGAACCGUGAGUUACGUGAUAUCGUUGAAGAUAAUAGUUUUAAUACAAUAGAGAAAAAGUUGAAGCGCUUGCCUCCACCACCAACAAACCAACUACGUAUCUUUCCCAGCAAAGAAAUGAAAGCCAUGACUAAGAAACGUUUUGCAAAUCUACCGGAAGUUGUGAAAAAAAAAGAACAAGAACGAGUGGAACGAUAUAAACGCGGCAACCGUUUGCUUAGAGAUAUAUUUAAUCGGAGAUUACAAAACCGAGUUCGAAAUGGGAAGAUUUCUUUGAAUCAUAGUAGAACGAUUAUUUGAAAUAAAAGAACAACUUUAAAUUAUUUUAGAAUUUUUUUUAAAA